GCGGGGACGGGGACGGGGACGGGGACGGGGACGGCGACGCGGCGCAGGCGGCGGGAGUGCGAGCUGGGCCCGUGUUUCGGCCGCCGCCAUGGCCGCGGUGGACCUGGAGAAGCUGCGGGCGUCGGGCGCGGGCAAGGCCAUCGGCGUCCUGACCAGCGGCGGCGACGCGCAAGGCAUGAACGCUGCUGUCCGGGCUGUGACGCGCAUGGGCAUUUAUGUGGGUGCCAAAGUCUUCCUCAUCUACGAGGGCUAUGAGGGCCUCGUGGAGGGAGGUGAGAACAUCAAGCAGGCCAACUGGCUGAGCGUCUCCAACAUCAUCCAGCUGGGCGGCACUAUCAUUGGCAGCGCUCGCUGUAAGGCCUUUACCACCAGGGAGGGGCGCCGGGCAGCGGCCUACAACCUGGUCCAGCACGGCAUCACCAACCUGUGCGUCAUCGGCGGGGAUGGCAGCCUCACGGGUGCCAACAUCUUCCGCAGCGAGUGGGGCAGCCUGCUGGAGGAGCUGGUGGCGGAAGGUAAGAUCUCAGAGACUACGGCCCGGACCUACUCACACCUGAACAUCGCGGGCCUAGUGGGCUCCAUCGAUAACGACUUCUGCGGCACCGACAUGACCAUUGGCACAGACUCGGCCCUCCACCGCAUCAUGGAGGUCAUCGAUGCCAUCACCACCACUGCCCAGAGCCACCAGAGGACCUUCGUGCUGGAAGUGAUGGGCCGGCACUGUGGGUACCUGGCGCUGGUAUCUGCACUGGCCUCGGGGGCCGACUGGCUGUUCAUCCCCGAGGCUCCACCCGAGGACGGCUGGGAGAACUUCAUGUGCGAGAGGCUGGGUGAGACUCGGAGCCGUGGGUCCCGACUGAACAUCAUCAUUAUCGCUGAGGGUGCCAUUGACCGCAACGGGAAGCCCAUCUCGUCCAGCUACGUGAAGGACCUGGUGGUUCAGAGGCUGGGCUUCGACACCCGUGUAACUGUGCUGGGCCACGUGCAGCGGGGAGGGACGCCCUCUGCCUUCGACCGAAUCCUGAGCAGCAAGAUGGGCAUGGAGGCGGUGAUGGCACUGCUGGAAGCCACGCCUGACACGCCGGCCUGCGUGGUCACCCUCUCGGGGAACCAGUCAGUGCGGCUGCCCCUCAUGGAGUGCGUGCAGAUGACCAAGGAAGUGCAGAAAGCCAUGGAUGACAAGAGGUUUGACGAGGCCACCCAGCUCCGUGGCGGGAGCUUCGAGAACAACUGGAACAUUUACAAGCUCCUCGCCCACCAGAAGCCCCCCAAGGAGAAGUCUAACUUCUCCCUGGCCAUCCUGAAUGUGGGGGCCCCGGCGGCUGGCAUGAAUGCGGCUGUGCGCUCGGCGGUGCGGACCGGCAUCUCCCAUGGACACACAGUAUACGUGGUGCACGAUGGCUUCGAAGGCCUAGCCAAGGGUCAGGUACAAGAAGUAGGCUGGCACGACGUGGCCGGCUGGUUGGGGCGUGGUGGCUCCAUGCUGGGGACCAAGAGGACCCUGCCCAAGGGCCAGCUGGAGUCCAUUGUGGAGAACGUCCGCAUCUAUGGUAUUCACGCCCUGCUGGUGGUCGGCGGGUUUGAGGCCUAUGAAGGGGUGCUGCAGCUGGUGGAGGCUCGCGGGCGCUACGAGGAGCUCUGCAUCGUCAUGUGUGUCAUCCCAGCCACCAUCAGCAACAACGUCCCUGGCACCGACUUCAGCCUGGGCUCCGACACUGCUGUAAAUGCCGCCAUGGAGAGCUGUGACCGCAUCAAACAGUCCGCCUCGGGGACCAAGCGCCGUGUGUUCAUCGUGGAGACCAUGGGGGGUUACUGUGGCUACCUGGCCACCGUGACUGGCAUUGCUGUGGGGGCCGACGCCGCCUACGUCUUCGAGGACCCUUUCAACAUCCAUGACUUAAAGGUCAACGUGGAGCACAUGACAGAGAAGAUGAAGACAGACAUUCAGAGGGGCCUGGUGCUGCGGAACGAGAAGUGCCAUGACUACUACACCACGGAGUUCCUGUACAACCUGUACUCAUCAGAGGGCAAGGGCGUGUUCGACUGCAGGACCAAUGUCCUGGGCCACCUGCAGCAGGGUGGCGCUCCAACCCCCUUUGACCGGAACUACGGGACCAAGCUGGGGGUGAAGGCCAUGCUGUGGUUGUCGGAGAAGCUGCGUGAGGUUUACCGCAAGGGACGGGUGUUCGCCAAUGCCCCAGACUCGGCCUGCGUGAUCGGCCUGAAGAAGAAGGCGGUGGCCUUCAGCCCCGUCACUGAGCUCAAGAAAGACACUGAUUUCGAGCACCGCAUGCCGCGGGAGCAGUGGUGGCUGAGCCUGAGGCUCAUGCUGAAGAUGCUGGCACAAUACCGCAUCAGUAUGGCCGCCUACGUGUCAGGGGAGCUGGAGCACGUGACCCGCCGCACCCUGAGCAUGGACAAGGGCUUCUGAGGCCAGCCAUGCCCACGCCCCUCCCCAGCCCCCACCCAUGCCAGCGCAGCGCCAGGGCUCAGAUGGGGCCUGGGCUGUUGUGUCUGGAGCCUGCAGGCAGGUGGGGGCUGCGUCCCUGCUCAACCCACCCCCUGCCUCUAUCCCUGGCCAUCCGCCAGGCCUCCCUGGGGCUGGUGUCUUGAGACCAGCCUGCCAGGCCCUCCAGCAGGAGGACAGAGUGCCCUGGGGCAUCCACCUUCCUGCCCAGGGGACGUGGCACUGUCGGUGUUUGGAGGCUGCUGCCCCCUGGCUUUGGUGCCCCAUGGGCCCUCAGCGUCUCCCCACGCUGGGCUCACUACAUGGGCCAGCCCUUGUCCUACCUGGCCGGUAGGCUGCUGGCGCCUGGGUUGUGUUGAGAGGGGGAUGCCCCUGGCCCUGCCUCACUGUGACCUGCUCCUGCCCACGUGCAGCACCUGUCACCUUUUCUAGAAAUAAAAUCACCCUGACUAUGGGGUGCAUCGGUCUCCGGAGA